AUGAAGGUAAAGCAGUCAAAGAAAAAGCAGGAUUUCCAGAACAUGUCGCUGGAUAACUUUUUCGACAACAUGGAUGCCGAUGUUGCGGACGAGGAGCCGGACCCCAAGCCAAAAAGCAAGCUCAAAGCGAACGGCAUCAAAAAAGUGAAAAAGAAGGUGACAAAAGAGAACGUUGAAACCAAGAAGCAACAGCCGGUGGUCGGUAAAGCAGUGAAAUCGAAGGUUAGCGAGAAGCAGAAAAAACUAAAAGUUGCCAGUCAAGAACCGACCCCGGCAGAGGGUAAGAAAAGCAAACCCAAACAGAAAUCUAAUGGAACGGGCGAGGUGCCGAAACCCAAGCGGAAGGAGAAAAAGCCGAAAAAGGAGUUGGUUUCGAAGGAGCAAAAGCCGAAGCGUAAAGCCGUGGAGAUGGAGCCGGAAGACAGUGACGAUGGGUCGGACGUCGCUGAAGGCAACGGCAUGGCGCAAGUGGAGAAAGACCACAAAACAGCGCUCGCGAAACUCCAGCAAACGGACCCCGAGCUGUACGCGUUUUUGAAAAAGAACGACGAAAAGUUGCUGAAGUUUGGUAAAAUGGCCAACGACGGAGAGAUGGAGUUCAGCGGCACUGAUGACGAUGAUGAGGAGGACGAAGACGAACUGGAAGACGAGGAGGAAAAGAUUCACAGACUACCGAGUAAAUUGGAGGUGGCCAGUGACGAAAGCGAUUUUGAGCCUGACGACGAUGAUGGCAGUGAUGAUGAUGAGGGUGAAGAUGAUGAUGGUGAAGAUGAUGACGAAGGCGUUAAGGGAAAACCAAGCAAAAGCAGCGGAAAGGACGUGACGCCGGGCAAGAAGCUCAAUUUCAAGAUGCUGAAAGCCUGGACCACCGAUCUGACCACGCUGCCGGUGAAGCAGGUGGAGCCGAUCCGAAACAUCUGCAAGGCGUUCAACUCGGCGAUCUACACGGUGACGGGCGAGAAGACCACAAUCCCUCCGUUUCGAGUCGAUGGAUCUGGCAUGUUCAAUGCGAUCGUGCAAACGUGCGUGCUUUAUCUGGGGCCGGCCAUUCAGAGCUAUCUGCGUGUGAGCGAGAGCCGUCAGUUUAAGGACUUGAAGCGUGACAAGCGGUUCACUAAGGUACGCGGCUGUCUGAGGGCGUAUCUGAUCGAUCUGACCAAUCUGCUCGAGAAUGUGUCCUCUGCGCACAUCAUGACGGUGUUGCUGAAGCAUUUGCAUCAGUUCUCACCGAUCCUCGUGUGCUACCAGCACAUCACCAAGCCGAUCCUGAAACGCUUGAUCGGCAUCUGGGGCACGGCCGAAGAGGAAACGGUACGGGUGCUCGCGUUCCUGUGUAUCCUGAAGAUAACGCACGCACAACAGUCCCGCUACCUGAGCAACGUGCUGAAGGCCAUGUACCUGGUUUACGUGAAGAACAGCAAGUUCGUGUCGCCGAACACGCUCCCGAACAUCAACUUUAUGCGCCGCUCGCUGACGGAAAUGUUUCUGCUGAACUUUAACCUCUCGUAUCAGCAUAUGUUUCUGUACAUCCGCCAGCUGGCGAUCCAUCUGCGCAACGCCGUGAUUCUGCAGAAAAAGGACAGCUACCGGUACAUCUACAACUGGCAGUACAUCAACUCGCUGAAGCUGUGGGGCGACGUGCUGGGCGCUGCCCACACCCACGGUGACGCUCUCGAACCACUAGUCUACCCGUACGUCUCGAUCACGAUCGGAGUGAUCAAACUGAUUCCUUCCGCGCAGUACUUCCCGCUGCGUUUUCACUGUUGCCGUAUGCUGACGCAGCUGAGCGCAAAAACACGCGCCUUCAUUCCGGUGCUGCCGUUCCUGGUGGAGGUGCUGAAGUCGAACACCUUCAACCAGCAACACAAGAAGCUGUCGAUGCGCCCGGUCAACUUGGCCUGCCUGUUGCGCUUCUCGCCCGCCAACAUCCAGGAGAACGCGUUCAAGGACGCGGUGCUCGAUCAGAUCUACGAACUGGUGCUGGAGUAUGCGGCGAACGAGUCCUCCUCGGUAGCGUUCCCGGAGAUCGUGCUGCCCAGCAUACUGUUGCUGCGCCAGUACGCCAAAAGCACCAAGCAGUACAAGUACGCACGCAAGAUCAAGCAACUGAGCGACAAGCUGAUGGAGAACUACGAGUUCAUGGAGAAGUGGCGCAAGCAGAUGAACCUUCCGCUCAAGGACACCGAGCGGAUACGGGCGUGGGAAGAGAUGGUGCGCGCUGAGGGCACUCCGCUGGCGCGGUUCCACGCGACGGUGGCUAAGUUGGCCGAAUCGGAGAAACGCCGACAGGCGACCGACUCGGAGAAGAUCAGCGACUACAAGCUGCCGACGGUCAAGCGGCCCGAAAAGAGGGUGACGAAGCGUACGGACGGCCCGGUCACGCUGUUCCCGUCCGACGACGAAGAUGAUGAGGACGACGAGUUGGGCUUCGGUAAGCGGGACGAAGAGUCUGGGGACAGUGACGAUGAGUCCGAAAUGGAGGUAGAAGAUGAGGAUAGCGAAGCGGAUGAGGUGGCGGAGGACAAGGUGGCCGGCAAGGGCAAAUCGAAGCUCAAUGGAACAGCCUCGAAGAAGAAGCAAACCAAAUCGGCGCCAGUGGCCGAUGCAACGGAUGUGGAGUAUCCUUUGGAGAGAGACGACGAUACGGACCAAGUGGACAUCGUGCAGGAUUUGAAACUGGAUGAGUGGGAAGAUUAAGCCGAAAGUGGGGAUCAUACC